AUGGCACUCCAGGAUGAGUGGACAUUAGCUUUAGCAGCACAGCAUAUUGCAUGGGCUUUUUCAUUUUGUGCCACUUGUCUCGCCGUGGGCUGUGUCCCCGACCUUGGCAAAUGGACUGGAUUCAUAGUACUUUUGGCCCCGGCAAGCGGUGCAUUGUACACAUCGCCGAACCUCUCACCAAAUAAGUACUUUAAUGACACUUACUCUCGGUUUGUGAUUAUUCUCUUCUCUUACAUGGUAGCUUUAUGCUUCAUGCCGGGAAGCAGGGUGAGCGUGACCAAAGACAAGACCAAAGAGCUCGAUACCUCAUGGAGAGCAGGUUGGAAACGCGCUUACAAUGCCAGAGGCAUCGGGCUGGCUUGGGAGAACCCCUAUCUGUGGCCCGAACAGAAGAGCACUAUCGUUUUUGCCAAACCUUCGAGCGAGACUUACAAAGACAAACCAGUCGAAGCCCCGGCAUCACGUCACGCUCUCGCGACUAGGAGCAAAUGGUCAGCUGUGCUGAUUCAUUGCGUGUACUUGCUGAUCAACUAUGUCGCCAUGAAGCUCUACUUUGAGUACAGGGUGUCGGCGACGAUCGGCGGUUUCGUUCGCUCAGACUUAAGUCCAGAGAAAGAAGGGAUCCUGCGACGUCUAUUCCUGCAGUCACAACCAGAAGGGCUAGUCACAUCGCCUGUCACGGUCCGAGAACUCCAGAUCCGCCUCUUGUUAGCCGCCAACAAGUUUAUUCCUGACGUUCUAUCUCUAUCUGCCUUCCACGACCUCUUGGCCAUCAUCUUCAUCGCGACUGGCAUCGACCAACCGUGGGAGUGGCCGCCGCUAUUUGGCCCAGUGUCCGAGGCCUACACCAUGCGACGUUUCUGGGCCAACUUCUGGCAUCGCCUCGUAUACAAGUCGUUCAACUUCCACGCAUCGACGUUUACCAAGGCACUUCGCAUUCCGCAGGGCACAUCGUUCUCCAGGAUACUAAACAAUUGCCUUGUUUUCGUGCUCUCGGCUAUCAUGCACGCAACAGUCACAUGGUUGUACGGCGGGAAGUGUGCGUGGGGCAGGGGCACGAUGGUCUUCUGGUGCAUACAACCUUUAUCAUUUGUGCUCGAGGGUUUGGUCCAGUACAACUGGAAGCAGUACCGGAAGAGCAAGUUGUGGUGGAUGAACGCUUCGGUUCUUGCAGCCUUUGAACGAGUUGCAGGCAUCCUUGAAAACCGCCUGUAG